CUCUUCAGCGUGAUCUGGGAGGUUCAAGAGCCCCUGAAAACACAGUAGCAGCUUCUCUUUCACCUGGAGGUGUCUUUGGUGAGCCAUCGAAGGACCUGCACUAACAAGCUUUGCUUCUGCUCUCUCUAACUGGGUACCUACAUGGAGAACGAGCAGCCUGGAAUAGUGUCCCCUUUCAAACGAGUCUUCCUGAAGGGUGAGAAAGGUCGGGAUAAAAAGGCCCAGGAGAAGGUUACGGAAAGACGACCUCUUCAUACAGUCGUGGUGUCCUUGCCUGAUCGCGUUGAACCAGACAUACUGUUGAAUGACUACAUUGAAAAAGAAGUGAAGUAUUUAGGCCAACUAACGUCCAUCCCAGGGUACCUGAAUCCCUCCAGCCGCACUGAAAUACUGCACCUGAUAGAUAAUGCAAAGAGAGCGCAUCAGCUCCCAGGACAGCUGACUCAAGAACACGAUGCUGUGAUCAGUCUGUCUGCCUAUAACAUCAAGCUGGUGUGGAGGGAUGGAGAAGACCUCAUCCUCAGGGUCCCCAUCCAUGACAUCGCAUCUGUUUCCUACAUCCGGGAUGACUCCUCUCACUUGGUAGUGCUGAAAACAGCUCAGGACCCCGGGAUCUCCCCAAGCCAGAGUCUUUGUGCCGAAAGCUCCAAGGCGCUUACUUCGGGCUCGCUGUCCGAGAGUGGGGUAGUACCUGUCGAAGCUUGCUGCUUGGUGGUCCUGGCUACGGAGAACAAAGUGACUGCAGAGGAGCUGUGCUCACUUCUCAGCCAAGUCUUCCAGAUUGUUUACACUGAGUCCACCAUAGACUUCUUAGAUAGAGCAAUAUUUGAUGGGGCGUCCACGCCGACGCGACACAUGUCCUUACACAGUGAUGACUCUUCUACAAAAGUGGACGUUAAAGAAUCUUACGAAACAGAAGCAAGCACUUUUUCCUUUCCAGAAACCUUGGAUGCAGGUGACAACUCCCCCUCUUCUUUCUCGACACAACAGUCUCCUCACAUUAAAACAGUCAGUGAGAGUGAGCUCAGCACCACAGCGACAGAGCUGCUCCAGGACUACAUGAUGACGCUACGAACGAAACUCUCUUCCCAAGAGAUCCAGCAGUUUGCAAUGCUCCUACAUGAGUAUCGCAAUGGGGCUUCGAUACAUGAGUUCUGCAUCAACUUGAAGCAGCUCUAUGGGGACAGUAGGAAGUUCCUGCUCUUAGGCCUUAGGCCGUUCAUUCCUGAGAAGGAUAGUCAACACUUUGAGAACUUCCUCGAAACCAUUGGGGUGAAAGACGGCCGGGGCAUUAUCACAGACAGUUUUGGGAGGUACAGGCGGACUCUGAGCACAACCUCCAAUUCCACGACCAACGGCAACGGAGCUGCCGGGAGCUCAGAUGACCAGUCUGUGCCCUCAGAAGAAGACGAGUGGGACCGAAUGAUCUCGCACAUCAGCAACGAUAUUGAAGCCCUCGGCUGCAGCAUGGACCGCGACUCCUCUUGAGAGCGAGCAGAGGGAGGAAGGAAGGAUGAGGCAGCUGCCUGCAAGGGCGCUCAGUCCGUCUCCCUUCUUCCCUCUUGGAAAGAGACUGCGGCAGCGUUUGCGCCGGUCUCCCUGCCCUUCGUUCUGGAAGGGGCGUCGCGGGAUGGAUCGGGCCGUCGUUACUCUCCCGUCCUCGUCAGCGGCUCCGCCGGC